UGAUGGUGACAUUGCUGCCGAAAUUUGCUAUAGAGUGUUAUUAUUUUAGUGGUUAAGGGUUUAUUUAAAUAUUUUAUUAUUUUUUUUUCUUUACUAUAAUAUUUAUAACCACAAGUGUUGCCUAAGUUUUUCCCAUAUAUUAUAGUGUAAUAAUAUAAAUCAUACAAACACGUUUCAUAUUUUGUCUAUAAACUCAGCAUAGGAGACGUAAAACACGUUCACAAUGAUGUAUUACCUUGUUGUUUUGUUUCAUUAUUAAACUUGCAUACACAACUGUGGUAAUAAUAAUAUGACUAGUUUUAUUAUACAAUAAAAAAAAAGGUUAACAUAUACGAACAAUUAUAAUAACACGGAUUUUAGUCAGGCGCUUUAAUUUUUUUCAUCGAUAAAAAACACAUAAAAAAGAAAAAAAUAAUUAUCAGUUCAAUAAUUUAAAUAAAUAUGAAAUUGUUCUGUGUUUUUUUUACACUAUUUGUCUUGGUAAAUGGGGUUUUGAUAGAUCAAGAAAUAACGAACUAUAAAAAAGAAGUUGUCAUUACAAAUAGUUACAUCCAGCAAGCUUCUGACUAUAAUCAUUCUUCAGUAGGAGGAAAUGGUUUGGAGUAUGUAAUUAAAUCAAUUGUUUAUGAAGAUGAAUAUUGGAUAGACCAAUUGAGUUAUAUGAUCGCUGUACCGGAUAAGGCUAACCUGACCAAUAUACAAGAACCAAUUUCAGAAUAUAUAGAUCAAGAGAAAGCUAUGCAAAAAGAAAUAAUAAAUAAUCUACCUCUUCUUGUGACUCAAGUUCCAGACCAAAAUUUUAGUCAAUUAGAUUUGACACAACUUGGAGAAAACAGAAGACUUCGUACUGGAAAAGCUGUAAAAAAAUUGAUCAGACGUGCAUUAGGUUUGGACGAUCCAGAUACCACUUUUAGUCAGUUAUGUAGUUAUAUAGGACUGAUGGCCAGUACGAAAAUCGCCAAAGUAUUUACAACAGUUUUUAAUACUGACCCUGUCAUUUGUUUGUUAUGGGAUGGAGCCGAUCAUUAUAUAAAAUACAAAACCAUCAAAGGUAUAUUUUAUCAAGUCGACAACGAUACCGAUACGGAAAUAGAACCACUUUCGGCGCAGCUGGUUUAAUAAUUUAGACUAGAAAUCAUAAGUAUAACUAUUUUAAAAUUACAUAGUACGGUUAUUUUAUUGAAAAAUGAUUUGCAUAUUGCAC